CAGUGUCAGUGAUUUUUAGAAAAGCACUCGAGGACGAGACGACCCACUAACAGACCGACAGAUUUGGCUCUAUCGGAAGCAAAAAAGCUACGCGGGCGUGAAGAAAACCGACGAGUCAACGGGGAAACAUGACGGGUUUAUUUUCUGAUGUGCGGUUUCGGGAAAUCGCACGCUGAACUCUCGCUUGGUCGCGCGCGCCUCUGCCUGCUGCUUCUGCUGGACAGCCAUCGGUGGGACUGCUGGAUAAAAUCUCAAAAUACACAGACAAGCUAAAGUAUCUCGCCUCCUCGUACAGUCUGGACGUGUAUGCUUCAUAUUUAUAUUCUGGAGCGUCAUUGCCUGGGUGGAGUUGCAGUGCAUCGUUCAAUUAUGCAUGCACUCAUUGAGAAAUGAAGCAGCAGCUAGCGCACUAGCAGCGCGGGCUAACCUCUGUCCCAUACUAUGACAGUGAUCUGCAUGCCUACAGCGUUUGCCUUCAGCAUGUGCAUUUGACUUUAAUGCGGGUGCAGAACGAGCAGCGUGCAUUGCUGGGGUCUCUAACAACCCCCUCCAUCAUUUCAUUGGCAUGGCAAACAGUUAGCUUGGGCAGGCCUAGCUAGCCAAAGUGUUAGCUAGAAUGAAAUCACUUCUCUGGAUUAGACAGCAUGCAAACGUGCGAUCAUUAUAGCGGCUUGUUUUUAAAUGGUGUAGUGAGUGAAACCGGCGCCACUAGGCUCGUAAUAAAGAGUGCUAAAGAUGCGAAGAGACUGGCUGGUGCAACUUAAUAACGGGCUGUUUGGUUAAUGCCAACUUGAUAUAACAGGUUUUUAAAUACCUUUAAAUGUGGAAGGCGCGCGCAUGUUUCACAAUGCAUUUUUUAAGGAAGAAUCUGGUUGUGUGAAUUUAGUAAACACUUGGAGAAUAGUGAGACACUGCCUCCGGUAACAUGCCAGUUCUUAAGCCGAUUUUACGCUCCAAAUAAGUAGCCAGCGUCUACAAACAGUUCGCGUUUGAUCGCUGGCAUUGUAGCUAUAGCCUCGAUAUCACGAGCGCCCAUAUAUGAUUGAGAGAGGGGAUGCCCUAAACACUUCAAGCAUGUCGAGCAAGGCUUCGAGUAAAGAGAAGAAGUCCGGCUUCAGCAAGAAGCUCUUCCGCCGGGGCUCGGUGCGCUCCGUCGGGAGUUUUAUGAGCAGAGUCCUUAAGACUCUCUCCACACUCUCUCAUUUCGGCUCGGAGCUGCACGCCGCGGAGGGCGACAAGGACGACGGAGGAUUCACAGCCUUCAAGAACGAAGGGAAGGGAUCCGUCGCCUCGGAUGAAAGCGACUGUGGUGGGUUUCUCCCCAAGGACAAAGUUCCCGGAGUGGCUGGUUUGAAAAACCACGGCAACACGUGUUUCAUGAACGCGAUUCUGCAGUGCCUGAGCAACACGGAGCUCUUCGCAGAGUAUUUGGCGCUGGAGCAGUAUCGAGGAGAUCAGACGGACGACGAGAAACCCAAGACGAACGGUGUCGUGCAGAGGAAGGGCGACCCGGACAGGAGAGACGUGACCGAGCAGCUGUCCGGAUUGGUCCGAGCCCUGUGGACGUUUGAAUACACGCCGCAGCACAGUCGCGAGUUCAAAAAUGCUGUGGCAAGGAGUGCCCUGCAGUACCGGGGGAAUGCCCAGCAUGAUGCCCAGGAGUUCCUCCUCUGGCUUCUCGACCGUGUCCAUGAAGACCUCAACCAUAUUGUGCACCCUAACAGCAGAUCCUCUGUAAAGCCACCCAUUGAGGAAGAUGAUGGAGCAUUAGAGGGACCUUCACCUCCUCUUUCAGCUGGCUCAUUUGUUCAAGAGCUCUUUCAAGCUCAGUACAGAUCCUCACUCACCUGUCCACACUGUCAAAAACAGAGCAACACGUUUGAUCCUUUUCUGUGCAUCUCCCUCCCAAUUCCGUUACCUCACACACGGCCCCUCUAUGUGACAGUUGUAUAUCAAGGCAAGUACUCUCAUUGCAUGAGGAUUGGUGUGGCCGUUCCACUCAACAGCACUGUGUCCAGACUGAGAGAGGCUGUGUCACGUGAGACCAAGAUCCCACCAGAUCAGUUUGUCCUGACUGAAAUGUAUUACGAUGGUUUCCACCGCUCCUUUUGUGACGAUGACGACGAUCUUGAUAUCAUUCAAGAAAGUGACUCAGUCUUUGCUUUUGAAACUCCUGAGACUUUUAGAUUAGAAAACAUUCGCUCUAAACGAGGGAGCCUCCUUGCAAACCUCAAUCAGAACAAUCUGAAGUAUGGAGCAGAGAACAGCCGGACCCCCUCGUUCCUGCAGGGUGCGAUGAAUCCAGCAUCACCCAACAAAAACACAGGGUCUGACAAAAUGAUUCUGCUGAUCUGUAACAGAGCCUGCACUGGACAUCAAGGACGGAGGUUUGGUCUUCCCUUUGUUUUAUAUUUGGAGCGCACUGUGACUUGGGAUGUGCUGCAAAAAGAAAUUCUGGAGAAAAUGCGUCACUUACUAAGGCCAGAGGUUUACAUACAGGUGGGACCCUUUAGUCUGCGUGUGGUCGGUGUGGUUGGAAUCACCUACUUGUUGCCACAGGAAGAACAACCACUAUGUCACCCCACUGUGGAAAGAGCGUAUAAAUCAUGUGGUCCAGGAGGACCUCCUCAUGUCAAGAUUGUAGUAGAGUGGGACAAAGAGACCAAGGAAUAUCUGUUUGGACACACUGAGGAAGAGUACAUCCCUGAUGCUGAGAGUGUGUAUCUGCACAGAGAGCAGCACCAUCAGCCACAGGCCUGCACCCUCGCUCAGUGCUUCCAGCUCUACACCAAAGAGGAGCAGUUGGCCCCAGACGAUGCCUGGCGCUGCCCUCACUGCAGGCAGCUGCAACAGGGGCGGAUCAAACUCAGCCUGUGGACCCUGCCUGAUGUUCUCAUUCUACACCUCAAGAGGUUUAGACAGGAAGGGGACAGGAGAGUUAAGAUGCAGAACAUGGUGAGAUUUCCUUUGAUUGGAAUGGAUAUGGCACCCCAUGUAGUGAAGAGAAGCCAGAGCAGUUGGAGUCUACCCUCCCACUGGUCGCCAUGGAGACGACCUUAUGGACUUGGCCGUAACCCAGACGACUACCUUUACGACCUGUAUGCUGUGUGUAAUCAUCAUGGCAACAUGCAUGGAGGGCAUUACACAGCUUACUGUAAGAACUCCAUUGAUGGCCAGUGGUAUUGCUUUGAUGACAGUGAAGUUCAGCCUAUAGCUGAUGAAGAUGUUUGCCAGCAGACUGCAUACAUUCUGUUCUAUCAAAGGAGGACAACUAUUCCCUCCUGGUCAGCAAACAGCUCCGUUGCAGGCUCCACCAGCUCAUCUUUAUGUGAACACUGGGUAAACCGGCUCCCAGGCAGCAGGCCACCUAGCCUGGCCUCUGGAGCCUCCUCCAGACGUACAUCCCUGAUCUCUUUGGCUGAGUCAGUGGAGUUUCCCUGUGAUCGCAGUGAAGACGAUGGAGGAUUCUCAACGCGGCCCUUUGUGAGGAGCAUUCAACAUCAGAGCUUGUCGUCCAGAUCGUCAGUCACCAGCCCUCUGGCUUUCAGUGAAAACGGGAUGAAACCCUCCUGGUCCUUGUCGACUAAACUGCAGAUUAGAUCCAACUCACCCUCACGAUUCUCUUUGGACUCUCGCUCUUCCCCUCCUCUAGAGAGGAUAGGAGAAGCUUGUGACGACAAGGUGUCCACAUCUUGCUUCGGCAGAGACAGCAGACAUGAGCGUCAACCCAGCAGUAAGGCCCCGCUGGCUAUGAUGGAGGGUAAUGGUAGUGAUGAGAGCAAUGGAAAACACAUCCCAGAUGAGGCCUAUUGCAGAGCUCCAGUACAGGCUGACAGGAAAAGCUCUAAAAGUGAACCCGUUGACAACAACAACCAGAUUCAUGCUGUGGAUCGGAACAGGAUUGGAAUGCUCUCCAAAGAUCAGAAGCAUAAGAUCUCUGGAUCGGUUCAGAAUGCAGAAGGGUCCACAAGCAUAAAGAGCUCCACCAAGACCAAGGGCGACCAGGAGAAGCCCUCUAAGAAGCGCCAUAGCACCUCGUCUGUAACAAAGUCUCCUUCCUCCCAUGUGUCUUCCAGCCCUCAAGCGAAGGGCACCAAAAUGACCAAUCAAAAAGAGAAGAGCGAUUCUCCCAAAAUUACCAAGGGUGUACCUUCAGGAACUCCAAGAAAGAAAGAGUCUUCGCAGGCACAGGAGUCUCCAGUGUCUGGAGGCACAAAGGAGAAGCCGUCUCUGACCUCCACGCCUCAAUCCUCUGCUUCGCCAUCACCUACAGCCAAGAAAAGCUCCUCUGUGUCUGAUAGGAACUCUGUCUCUGGCAAGAAGUUGGUGGAAAGGGGCUCCAGAAAGGACCUGGCGCACAUCACCAGUCCCCUGGCAGACAAGUCCAGAGUCAGUGCCACCCCUCGGACAUCCCAGCCUAAAAGUGCAGAGGGAAGUCGGCCAGAGAGGAAACCAGUGCGAAGCUCCAGCAGUAGUUCCUCAGUUACAAGCCUGCGUUCCCCAAGUGUCUCCUCGAGAGAUCUCAGACGCAGCAGCAAGUCUGAGGACAAGGGACUCUCAUUCUUCAAGAGCGCGCUUCGGCAGAAAGAGACUCGCCGGUCGGCCGACCUGGGCAAGACCACCAUUCUCACCAAGAAGGCUGCUGAGAGGACAGCCAAGUCCAGCAGCCGGUAUAAACUCAACAGUGCCGACAAUUGUGAGAGCAACUCCUCCCAGCAGGUCUCUCCAGAGCCAUGCUCCAGCAAGGCCGCCAAAGAGGAUAAAGAGUCCUUAAAAACUUCAACCCCUGUCAAAAGCUCUCUCUUACCAGUAGGCAAGUCAAAGUCUUCCAAUUCUGAGACUAGUCUUCAGUCUCCCAUCAAUGGGAAGAAGCCACUUGAAAAGAUGGCAUCCUCUAGAAAGUUUUCUUCCAGCAUGCAAUCCUCCGCACGGCCAACAUAGACACCUCAAUGACAAUUUUAAUAGCGGUUUCAUUAUUUUCUGUAAUGCAGCUAUUUUUUGAUGUGCCUAAGAAGAAUAUAAAUCUAAAGGAUAUAGUAUAUACCUGUAUUUUACUUUUUUCUCAAAGUAUGUAAAUUAUCGGAAGCGCCUUUCUAUCUGCCAUGGGACCAAAAUGUUGCCUCUGGCAAGGUAUGUACAUGAAUCUACUACUGUUCACGACUCCGAAUAGGAAUGUUUUAACCUAGCACUUUGUACAUAUUUUUCUCUCUCAAAUAAUGCUUAAAUGUAACGGAUGAUAUGUAAUAUACUUUUUGACUUGUUACUGUUCUUAGGGCAAGUCACUUAUAAUGAAAUUCAAAUCUUGCGAUAUAUUCCUUGGAGUACUGUACCAAUUCGCUCCACUUUUAGACCUGGUGCUAUUUAAAGUCCAGUGUUCCCCUGGCACUGAUACAGUAUAAGAUUGAGAAGAGUUGAGGCCAAAGGAUACUUCUGUUUAUCACGUGCCAGCUAUGUGUGCAAGAUACACAUUUUCUCAUCAACACAAUAUGCACGGACUGUCAGUAUGCAGCCUAGUUUUUCUAGACACGGACAGUUUGAGUCUUGGCAUGUUGUCGGGGUAUAUGUUGAAUGAGCACUCGACUAUAUGCGAGACGGAAUGGCUAGCGGUAAAACGAAGUAUACCCUUGCCUCUAUGUCACAAAAGCAGAAUCUGAAACUGUAGGCUAUCUGGGGUUUUAGCAAUGAACAAUCUCAUUGGUACUUCUCAAAACUUGCUUUCCAACACCAACUAUGUCCUUUUGUACUCAAGAGUUGUUACAAAUGUUUAAGUAGCAUUACUGCCUAUAGAAAUGUGUGCAACAACGCCAACUAUAGACCGAUAGCUGAAUUGUUGCUGAAUGAAUGUGAUCUUUCGAAUGGUAAGUUAGUGGAGGACAAUCUUCUAAACUCGCUCUGUUUUGUUUAUUCCAACAAAAUUCUGUGUUAUCUCCUUAUCUAGAUAUUAAUGGAGACGGUGUAAACCCUGCAUGAUGUUUGUAUAUUUUUUUUGUCUUUAUAAUGAAAAUUUGAAAGCCACAUUGUCAUACUUUUCCAUUUCAUGCCCGCCAAAUCCAUUGCCAUCAUUGAAUUGCAGUUUUCAUUUGGCUUGUUUUGAACUGGGGUCAAACCUUCUUGUGAUGGUUUUUAUUUCCGUAUGUAUCUGUGGACAACCAGUGCAAUAGUUUUCAAAACUUUUUUGGAGAAAAUUUAUAUUGACUUCUCUAUUCGAGAAACACAUUGAGUUAAAUAUUAAUGUUUUAGAAAGAAUGUUUUAAAGAUUAAUACUGUGCAUAUGCAAUAGAAAUAAGAAAACAUUUAAUUAAGGUAUAUCAUAAAUGAAUGUUAUGCCUCACCACAACAAUGGGGACAUUUUAUUUUUUUUUGUUCAAGAUUGUUAGUGUCUGGAAUAAUAUCUGAAUGAAACUGUCCUGCAGAAAGUUCUUUAUGUUGCUUGCUUGUGUAGCACCAUACAGUUCACCAAAAUAUAUAGAUUUCUUUCUCCAGUAAGCUAGUACAAGCUCAUUCAGACUAAUUCUAAAUAUUAUUUACGAAAGUAGAAAGGUAAGGAUAUUAGAAUAGCAGGUCAUUAGAAUAUUGUUGCAUCUAAUGGUGUCAUUACGUCCACCACUAUUUAGCUUGUCCUGUAAUUAAAGCAUUAAUCCAAGCUGUGCUGAUGCCACUGUUGAAGCAUUCUCAUUUUCAUGCUGCCGUUUGGUCUCAGAAACGCAACCUUAUUUCUCAGCACACUUGAUACUAAAAUAGAUGAGUCUUUAAGAAUGAACCUUUUUUAUCUGUUUGUUUUAUUUGCGAUGAGCCCAUAUUAUAUUGUGCGUGUGCACUGAAAAUAUAUUUGUGGAAAAAAGCAGUAUUGCAUGAUUACAUUAACACAUGCAAUUAACUAUGCAAGUGACUGUUGCUAAACAAAACAAGUCUGGUUAUCAAUGUUUUAUAUAUAUAUAUAUAUAUAUAUAUAUAUAUAUAUAUAUAUAUA